AUGGACAACAAAGCAUUGUCACCAAAAGCAGGGUCACUCCUGCUCCUGCUGCUGCUGUUGUCCAACCUGCUCCUGUGCAGGAGAGUGACCUCCAUGCCCAUCUGUCCCAGUGGGGCUGUCACCUGCGAUGUGUCUCUCCGAGACCUGUUUGAGCGUGCAGUCAUCCUGUCUCACUACAUCCAUAAUCUCUCCUCGGAAAUGUUCAGCGAAUUUGAAAAACGGUAUGCCCAGGGCAGGGGGUUCAUUACCAAGGCCAUCAAUAGCUGCCACACUUCUUCCCUCUCUACCCCUGAAGACAAGGAGCAAGCCCAGAAGACCCAUCACGAAGACCUUCUGAGCCUAGUCCUUGGAGUGCUGCGUUCCUGGAAUGACCCUCUGUAUCAUCUAGUCACAGAAGUGCGUGGUAUGCAAGAAGCCCCAGGUGACAUCCUAUCAAAAGCCAUAGAGAUUGAGGAACGUAACAAACAACUUCUAGAGGGUAUGGAGAAGAUAGUUGGCCAGGUUUAUCCUGGAGUCAAAGAAAAUGAGGUCUACUCUGUCUGGCCAGGACUUCCAUCUCUGCAGGUGGCCGAUGAAGACAGUCGCCUUUUUGGUUUUUAUAACCUGCUUCACUGCCUGCGCCGGGAUUCACAUAAGAUUGACAACUAUCUCAAGCUCCUGAAGUGCCGAAUCGUCUAUGAGAGCAACUGCUAA